AUGGCGAUGGUAGCGCAGCUGAUUUUUUUGCUCUUCAGUUUGGUCUCGAUCACAGAGUCCAGUGAUGUGUUCAGAUUGGUUGGCAGUUCCGUUCAACUGGAGACACAGCGUCUUGUACCGAAGUUUGAUGAAUUAAUCUGGGUGUUUAACAAAACUAAUAAUGUUCUAAAAUAUUAUAAUGAAGGUAAAACUAGGCAGUUUUCUGCUUAUGAAGGCAGAGUGGAGUUCAAUGAGGAAACCUACAGUCUGACACUGAAGAACUUACAGAAGACUGAUAGUGGACUGUAUGAAGCAAAAGCAACUGGUGAUGUAGACAGAGUUGUUGCUGAGUACAAAGUCUCUAUGUUGGAUCCAGUGGAGGCUCCAGUCCUGAAUUACCAGCUAAGCAACGACACGUGCAACAUCACUCUCACCUGUAGAGGUCAUGACCGCUUUAUCAACUCCAACUGUUACAAGGAAACCUGUGAGGAGAAGGAAGUGACAUCACCUGGAGGUGUCACCCUUUCCCUGUCUGUCAGUGGCAGCACCAUCAUCUGUAACCAUAGCAACCCAGCCAGCUGGAAGACGGAUAUUUUGAAGAUGAGAGAACUUGAACAAAACUGUGCUGAUGAAGGAGGAGAUAAUCAGAACCAGCACAGUAUCGCAGUCUUAAGUUGGCUGUUGUCUCUCAUGGUUGUCAUAGUGCUCACCAUCAUUGCAGUUAUCUUCUGCUAUAGAUGGAGGAAGUCAGAAGGUGCCACACAGUGUGAGAACACAGUCUAUGCAGAAGUUGAGAACAGUGGUGCAGCAACACCACCUAUUGUGCUGGAGAGUCCUUCUACUGUGUACCAUGUUGUAGGGAAGAAACCACAACCUACAACUAAUGGACAGUCCAGUCAGACCCCAGUUCCUGAAAAUGAGCAGCAGGCGACCUCACCAGACCCUGGAGUUCCUAACACCUAUGAAUCAGUUCCAGAUCAGAUGCAGCCUACGAAGCCUGAAACCAUUUAUGCUGCAGUUUCAAAACCCAACAAAUCUGUGAAGUAAGCAAAUUGGAUGAAGCCUCAUCAGAUGUGAGAAACUAAAGCCACGCUUACACAGCUUUCUAAGAAGAUUCCCAGUGAUUUCACGGUCCUCUCGUGGGAGUCCACACACUUACAUUUGGCGUUUCUCUCAUGUGGUAUGAAAGAUGACUUUGGCCCACUGCUGAAGACAGCCAGUCUACCAGUCUACUAUGUAAAGGAUGAAUCCAGUCUUUCAUUAACAACUUUUUUCAUACAAUAUUUUAGUUUAUGCUAAGAUACAGCCUUAAAAUUGAGCAAUUCCGGUCUUAGAUGUCAGAUUAGACACAUUAGACACAACAGUGUCUAAUACAGAAACUUUGUCAUUAUUUUGAUGGGCUGGGUCAAGCCUUUUGCCGGCCCUAAGCAAGAAUUUUUCUGAGCGACCCCCUUCUUGCUAGCUGAUGUACUGUAAGAUUAGAGGCAAAUUAAUGACAAUGGCUACUACAAGCAGUCUAAAUGUUUAUUUUAUAUAAAUUUAACAAGCUCAUUUUAUUGCUGAUGAUUGGAUGUUUGUUUGGGGUUCUAAUUAGUUAAAUUACAGGUUCAAGUCCGCUACUCAGCAUACAGAGGUGUGGACUCAAGUCAUGUGACUUGGACUCAAGUCCAACUCGCGUCACAAAUUUGAUGACUUUAGACUCGACUCGAGAAAACUGAGAAAGACUUGGGACUCGACUUUGACUUCAACACCAGUGACUCAGACUCUGGUUCAGACUUGAGCCUCAAAGUGGAAGAAACGUGGAGAGAGUCUAACUGCAGAUGGGACUCGACACAGUUGAUUAUUUUUCAUGUGAAUGGAUUCGUUUUCUGCCGUAAACUGAAUAAACAGCAACGCCAUCAGGUGUCUGUUACUGUGUUUAUGCUCGGUUUAUUUCGGAAGACAAGAGAAGUGCUAGAGCUCGAGUUCGCUUCCAUAAGCUGGAAACAAGUGAAGCAUCAACAGCAUUAGUGCGCCCUCGCUCGGCACUUAAACUCUAUCUUACUGGAGAAACUGACCAGGCGAACUGACCCUUUUCCUCAUAGUUAAACAAAAGAAACAGCUCUCUCUUUCUUAACAGCUUCUGCAGGUAAA